CAGCGCAUUCGCCUCCGUCUCCACGCCGCUCGUCGCUGUCCUCCUACUCCCCACCCCGAGGAUUAGAAGGGCCAACAUUUCACAAUGAGCUCCAACAAGAAGAGCAGCCUCACGGGCUACCUCCCGGACAUAAUCAUGGCCAUGGCCGCCCCUGCAAUAGCCUACUUUAUCAUCCGAAAUCUCCUCGCGCGCCUCGAUCCGGAUGCCCAGCAGAAAGAAGAAGCAAAGCGCAAAGCAUCGGCCGCGAACCGCAAGCUCGGCGCCAUACUCAGCAACAAAGCACGCGAUGCGUACGACAGCGACAGCGAUGAUGACUACGAGCGGAGAAGGCGCGGCGACAGGCCCAGGAUAGAGGAUUUGAACUUGACGGCAUACGAGCAGACGAUUGCGAUGGAGGUUGUCGCGCCCGAGGAGAUUCCCGUGUCAUUCGAUGACAUCGGUGGCCUCGACCCCAUAAUCGAAGAGCUCAAAGAGUCCGUCAUCUACCCGCUCACUCUGCCACACCUCUACUCCCACUCGUCGUCCCUCCUCUCCGCGCCUUCGGGUGUCCUCCUCUACGGCCCGCCCGGCUGUGGCAAAACCAUGCUUGCCAAAGCCCUCGCCCACGAGUCCGGCGCCUGCUUCAUAAACCUGCACAUCAGCACCAUAACAGAAAAAUGGUACGGCGACUCCAACAAGCUCGUGUCCGCCGUGUUCAGCCUCGCGCGCAAGCUCCAGCCCUCCAUUGUCUUCAUCGACGAAAUCGACGCUGUCCUCGGCCAGCGCCGCUCCGGCGAGCACGAGGCCUCGGGCAUGGUCAAGGCCGAGUUCAUGACGCAGUGGGACGGGCUGACCUCCGCGACGCGCUCCGGAUCAGGCGACCCCCAGCGCAUCUGCAUCCUCGGCGCGACGAACCGCAUCCAGGACAUCGACGAAGCCAUCCUGCGCCGCAUGCCCAAGAAGUUCCCCGUCGCCCUACCCAACGCCGGACAGCGCAACAAAAUCUUCAGCCUCAUCUUGCGCGGCACCCAGAUCGACAAGCAAAACUUCGACCUCGACUACAUCGUGCGGCUCUCGGCGGGCAUGUCCGGCUCAGACAUCAAGGAGGCGUGUCGUGACGCGGCCAUGGGCCCCGUGCGCGAGUACAUCCGCAAGAUGAAGAAGGAGGGGCGGUUACGGCAGGGCGUGAACCCGCAGGACGUGCGGGGGCUACGCACAGAAGACUUUUUUGGACGCGGCCGCGGGCUGCGCGAGGUCGACAGCCCCGAGCUGGACGACGUCGCGGACGAGGUCGUCAAUGUGAAGGAGGGCGGCGGGCGGCGGAUACACACGACUGAAGAGAGCGACACGACGAGCAGCUCCAGCACGGAGAGCGGCGAGGACAAGUUCCGGGACAGCGCCUACCACGACGCCGAAGGUGCUCGGGUGCGGUAGAGUCGCAGCAGCGUCGGGGUGCACCGGGCACGCAGGCGCGUGGUGUUUUGCGCUUCUUGAUUGCACUGUACAGAUUUCGAGGGAGCGGUGGCUGGGACUCUGCUCACCGGCCGUAUAUACAGGCGGGGUGUUUUGACCAACGACGGCUCUUGGUUGCUCUCUGCUUUGGGGACCUGGAUUGGGAAUACCGAUCGGCGUUACGUCUUUAGAAAGGGGGCGAACCAUUAGAAGCUCAUGCGACUGCGUACCAAGCACAUGAUAAUAACUCGCUAUUCUAGAACAAGUGGAAUCAUUUUCGC